CCAGCAUGCACCACGGAAACGGAUGAACGGAGGCGCGACUAAAACGGUGCAUGCCGGGAUCUAGAGUCCCCAUCUCUUAACAGACGGAAUAAGUUCAGAACGGCUCCGUGAUUAACAUCGCUCCUCAGUCGGUCUUCCAUGAUAUCACACGUUGCGGGAUACACGCCACUGAUUCUUUUUUAUUCCUACCGUUUUCCAACGCCGCAUAUUACACACUGGAGAGACGUCCGCUUCCGGUUGUCUCGUUGCCGUGGUAACGAGCACGCUCAACCAUCUUGGCGGUUAUGGCGGGCCUGGGCGCCACGCACAUCCCUGACGGGGAGUUCACCGCCGCGGUGUACCGGCUCAUCCGGGAUUCCCGCUACGCAGAGGCGGUGCAGCUGCUGGGCGGGGAGCUGCAGCACAGCCCCAGGAGCCGCGCCGGCCUGUCGCUGCUCGGCUACUGCUACUACCGCCUGCAGGAGUUCGCGCUGGCCGCAGAGUGCUAUGAGCAGCUGGGCCAGCUGCACCCGGAACUGGAGCAGUACCGCCUGUACCAGGCCCAGGCCCUGUACAAGGCCUGCCUCUACCCAGAGGCCACCCGGGUGGCCUUCCUCCUCCUGGACAACCCUGCCUACCAAAGCCGGGUCCUCCGCCUGCAAGCCGCUAUCAAGUACAGUGAGGGCGAUCUGCCAGGGGCCAGGAGCCUGGUGGAGCAGCUACUGAGUGGGGAAGGGGGAGAAGACAGUGGAGGUGCGAAUGAGCCGGAUGGCCAGGUCAACCUAGGUUGUCUGCUCUACAAGGAGGGACAGUAUGAAGCUGCGUGUGCCAAGUUCUUUGCUGCCCUGCAGGCCUCAGGCUACCAACCUGACCUUUCCUACAAUCUGGCUUUGGCCUAUUACAGCAGUCGCCAAUAUGCCUCAGCUCUGAAACAUAUUGCUGAUAUUAUUGAGCAUGGUAUUCGCCAGCACCCAGAGCUAGGUGUGGGCAUGGCUACCGAGGGCAUUGAUGUUCGAAGUGUGGGCAACACCUUAGUCCUCCACAGCACUGCGCUGGUGGAAGCUUUCAACCUCAAGGCAGCCAUAGAAUACCAACUGAAAAACUAUGAGGUAGCACAGGAAACCCUCACUGACAUGCCACCUAGAGCAGAGGAAGAGUUGGACCCUGUGACCUUGCACAACCAGGCACUAAUGAACAUGGAUGCCAAGCCUACAGAAGGGUUUGAAAAGCUACAGUUUUUGCUACAACAAAACCCCUUUCCCCCAGAGACCUUUGGCAACCUGUUGCUGCUCUACUGUAAAUAUGAGUAUUUUGACCUGGCUGCAGAUGUCCUGGCAGAAAAUGCCCAUUUGACAUAUAAGUUCCUCACGCCGUAUCUUUAUGACUUUUUGGAUGCAAUGAUCACUUGCCAGACAGCUCCUGAAGAGGCUUUCAUUAAGCUGGAUGGCUUAGCAGGGAUGUUGACUGAGCAGCUCCGGAGACUCACCAAACAAGUACAGGAAGCUAGACACAAUAGAGAUGAUGAAGGUAUCAUAAAGGGAGUAAAUGAAUAUGACAAUACCCUUGAGAAGUACAUUCCCGUGUUGAUGGCACAGGCAAAAAUUUACUGGAACCUUGAAAAUUACUCAAUGGUGGAAAAGAUCUUCCGCAAAUCUGUGGAAUUCUGUAAUGACCACGAUGUGUGGAAGCUGAAUGUGGCUCAUGUUCUAUUCAUGCAGGAAAACAAGUACAAAGAAGCCAUUGGAUUUUAUGAACCCAUAGUAAAGAAGCAUUAUGACAACAUUCUGAGCGUCAGCGCUAUUGUCUUAGCUAACUUGUGUGUCUCCUAUAUUAUGACAAGCCAAAAUGAAGAAGCAGAGGAGCUGAUGAGGAAGAUUGAAAAGGAGGAAGAGCAGUUGUCCUAUGAUGACCCUGAUAAGAAAAUCUAUCACCUCUGCAUUGUGAAUUUGGUGAUAGGAACACUUUAUUGUGCCAAGGGAAAUUAUGACUUUGGUAUUUCUCGAGUUAUCAAAAGCUUGGAACCUUACAAUAAAAAAUUGGGAACUGAUACCUGGUACUAUGCUAAAAGAUGUUUCCUGUCCUUGUUAGAAAACAUGUCAAAACACAUGAUAGUGCUUCGUGAUAGUGUGAUUCAAGAAUGUGUUCAGUUUCUAGAACACUGUGAACUUCAUGGCAGAAACAUACCUGCUGUGAUUGAACAACCCCUGGAAGAAGAAAGAAGGCAUAUGGGGAAGAAUACAGUCACAUAUGAAUCCAGACAGUUGAAAGCGUUGAUUUAUGAAAUUAUAGGAUGGAACAUCUAGUAAUGGCUGAUAAUGACUUUCUCUUAAUGAUUUCAUUAUCUCUACUUGGUACUGUGUUAUCUCAAGUCUCUUUCACCUUUACACUCAUUAUAAUUUGAAGUUUAUAGACCUUAAAACUAUAAUUAAGAUAAUUAAAUAUAGCUUUUUUUGUGAAACCUCACAGAUGAAAUAUUAUCAAAACCAAUUUGAACCCUCAUAAUUUAUAAAAUUCUCAAGUAGUAUAUUAAAAAUUUAAAUUUAAAUGAAGUUACAUCUUAUGGUUUGUAAUGCCUGUACUCCCUUUCCUUGUUAUCUACAGUGCUUUACUGUGUCUUGAGAGAACCCUGUAUGACAUGAUUCCUUUUCUAGGGAAUAGGCACUAUCAAAUCCAGAACUCAGAUAAAGUGUAGUGCAUCUGGGCUUUAAUAAUCUUCUGGGGGACUUUUUUUUUUCCAACUUAUCCUUAAAAUUAUACAGUGUAUAGGUUUUGCAUUACUUCUAGGAUGUUUCAGGGAGGCUUUCCAAUACACAUGUAAUGCUUUAUUUAAUAAUCAUUUUUUAAAAAAACCUUAUGUUUUAAAUGCAUUUUUUUCUUAGAAUAUCCAAGAAUUGGUUUUAAGUCCUGUGUCUGCACAGAAAAUGGUGCCAUAAAACAGAGACAAUGAACAACUGACAGUUUUUCCUGGAUUUCUUUUGCUCCAUUUUUUUAUUAAGUUGAAUAUAUAAGUAUAAACAAGCUGAGAUCUUAUUAUUUUCCUAACAGGUCAGUGAUUACUAAUAGAGUUAGUCUUAAAAUUCAGUUUUGACCCAGCCUGCUGGUGCAGUUGGUAGCAAACGACUGCAUCGCUGAAAGCUAUGUGGCCAAUGACAGGUUCAGAUUUCUCUUUCAUCUGAACACAUGCCAGCAUCUGGGUGACUAAGACCCUGCAAAAGUGCUUAUCUCCUCUUCUCUUUUUUCUCUUUUCUUCCCACCC